AUGGCCACAGCUUCUGCGGAAGCCGGCAAAGGUCAGGCCUGCUGGAAUGUAUUCCCUGCCGAAUGGACAGAGCGCUUGCGUUUGAAGUACCCACAACCGUUGGUUGCCCUAGAGCUGCUUGAAAGUCCAGAAGGCUUCGAGGAUGUUCUUGGAGUCAUUUCUGGUAAUGAUAUCCUGCAGACGGCUUUGCUGCGGGGACGGCUGCAAGCACUACGUAAUCAGCUGGUUGUCAAGCGGAAAAUUGCACAAUCACAAGUGAAUGCGGGGUUCAAGAAGCCUCGUCUGCCAGUGUACCAAUCUGAUUCUUCGAGAGCACAAGAGACUUUUGCAGUUGCCGCAAAUGCACUGGUCCCUUUUAUACGAAAGCAUGGGAAAUCUGGCUUGGGCAAGUCUUUGCUUGCUGUGGAAGAGGAUCCUGACAUUCUUGAGUCCAGGGAGCGCGAGCGGUGGGUGGAAGUACUCAGUGUUUACAUCAUUGAUGCCCAGUUGCCCGUUGUCGCCUUGAUUGAAGGUUCAGAAGAUCGUCGACAAGCCUGGCGCAGGGUGUUCGGAGCCCGGAGAGCCAAGACCUUGAGGAAUCGUGCAAGAUCCUUUAAGCAUUUUCGUAUGUGGUUGGAGACAGUCAGAGGUUUGACCUGGCCAUCACGCGUUUCAGAUGUUACAGAUUAUCUGGAGGAACGUUCGAAGGAUGGAUGUGGGUUCAGUGUGCCUGGGGAUCUUCUGGCUGCUUUAUCUGUGCUGGAGUCUGUGGGCAGGGUCCACAUGAGGGACAGGUUCUCCUCUGAUGAGACAGUCAAGGCCGUGGCACAGUCCAUUACCGAGGAGCUGCAGAGUCGGGCGGCCCCUCGCCGCCCCGCAAAGCUAUACACGACAGCCAUGCUUCUUGCUUUAGAAAUUCAUGUUCUGGAUGAGGAUGCUUCUUUAUUUUCUCGAAUCAUUGCUUGGGUGAUUUCAUUGCAACACUGGACUGCAAUGAGGGCUGACGAUGUGCAGUGGUUGGAUCCUGGGCGUAUGACGCUUACCGAUAGCGGCCUCUCAGGAGUACUUAGACGGACCAAGACCACGGGUCCUGGUCGCAGGGCUCGGGAGGUGCCAGUCUACGUGCGCCGCGAGGUCUCGCUCUCAGGGAAUGAUUGGUUGCAAGUGGGUUUUGCCCUGUUCAGGCAGCCGGAGGUUUUCUGGGAGCGCAUGUAUUUUCUUCCUUUUCCUUCAGCAGACUGGACUUAUGGGGUCAAGAAGCAUAUGUCGCCCGAGAUGCUGAAUGUGUGCAUCAAGCGGGUACUUGCAGAGCUGUCUGUGCCGCAGCGGGGCGAACAUGCAUGGGUCAAAGGUUCCAUGAGCUUGCUGCCUCAAGAGCUGUUGCCUUCCUGGGCGGCCACGCUUCGGCUGGAGCGCAUGAGAGCAAUCACCUCACGGGAGGUGGUGCAUCGUGUGCAGAUGCAGGUCGUGGAAGGUGCGGCAGUGGGCCACUCCGGUGUUGAUGAGCGUCCACUACUGAACGAGUUGCAGGAAUUUGCAAACGCACGCGGGGUCAGCUUUGCCAGAGGGGCAGCCCGACACCGUGUGUGGCGGACGAAUGACUCUGGACAUCGUGGCUUGUUACUGGGGUUUCCACUUGAUUAUGAGCAUAUCACCGAGGGGCUGGACGUGGAGGCGGCCCUGGAGGUAACUGUGGAAGAUGAAGAUGGGUUAGACCGAGAUGUUUCGAGCUUUCCUUACUGGGUCUCCAUUUCGAGGCGUAGUCAGUUUCGACGGCUUCACGCCAAGGACAAAUGCGGAAUCAUGCCUUGGAGUGUCUUUCGUGCGGAAGGUUUCAGAAGUGUCGAUUCUGCCAAUGCUGAUGCGUGGUGUAAGACUUGUUGGAAGAAGGUCUCAGUUGAAGAGGCUGCGGCCUCUCAGGAAGAUUCAUCCUCGGGAUCCUCUUCAAGCACCGAGGUGGAAGAGCCUGAGCAUGCGUCUCAGGAAGAGUGA